AUGGGAGGAAUCUCUGGUGGACCCCUCGUCGAGGGGGUGGGAGGCAUGGCAAAUGGGAGGCAGAACAGAGCUGGAGUAGGCCAAUCCAAAAGGGCGCGCAAUGAAUCGUGGCGCGAAAAGAUGGAAAAAAUGAUUGAUGCAUGCAAACGAGUCGGCCCUCGAGAGCUGGCGGCAGAAAUCGCAAGAGACGUUGGUAAAUCGCCGUUUACCGACGACAUUUUAAACGCGGCAAAACCCCGCCGGUUUACCACGCCGUUAUUCCACAAAUACGAAGGAACGACCGAUCCGGUAGACCAUAUCAAGGGGUACAAGCAACAGAUGUCCAUCGAGACAACCGACGAGAAACUAAUGUGCAAGAUCUUCCCUUCUAGUCUCACCGGGCCGGCGUCAACAUGGUUUCAAGACCUCAAGCCGCAUUCCAUACCAGAUUUUGACACAUUGAGCCGCGCUUUCAUUGCACAAUACUUCUGCAAUCGCAAGCAAAAGAAGGAUAUGGCGACUCUGUUUAGUACCAAGCAAAAGCCGGGAGAAAAAGUAGGGAAAUUUUUCGAAAGGUUUAAAGCCGAAAUGCGCCAUGUUAACUGUGAUCCCCAGUUUGCUGCGAUUGCUGCGAUCGCCUUCCGAGAGGGGUUGCUUUUGGGGACACCAUUAUACGAAAGUUUGUUGCGGGAUCCGCCGAAAGACAUGGACGACGUUAUCACAAGGGUUGAGGGAGAGAUCAGAAUCGAAAGGGCCAAAGAGGCACGCGAGGCUCGUUACACCAGCGUUGUUGCCUCCGGCGAUGAAAGAAGGCAAAAUCGAGGCAACCACCCCGGCGUAAGGACGGACAACCGACACCACUACGAGGCAAAGCCUCGAACUCGCCCACCGAAGGAAUGGUUCACCUUAAGCCCUACGGCCAUAUUCAGGAAACACCAACAUGAAGGGCUCUUCACUAAACCCUCACCUCAACCAGAGUCAAGAGACGCAUUCGAACGGACCAAAUAUUGCCCUCUCCACGAGGCGUUCGGGCACGGGUUGUCCAAAUGCGAAUCACUGCGGCCAGCCAUCUCAGAGUUGAUGAAGGCAGGGAAGUUGCGUGAAUACCAAUCCAACAGCCAUGCCGAUGGAGAAAGGGCAGCGGACAAGGUUGAAAGCAGAAUCCCAGCAAAAGGCACGGAACCGAUCAUCAAAGAAAUAUUGGCCAUACAUGGAGCCCCUUAUACCGCUGUGGAGGAGGAAAUGCGCUUAAGGUCGGAAACCCGCCAAGCAGAAAAGAUUCGUCGAGUAUGCCAGAUCACGGAUAGCCCCUUGGUGGGGCAGAACUUGGCCCCCACAUCGGUAAUUAGUUUCUCCGCAGCAGACACCGUUGGCAUCCAGUUUCCCCACCGGGAUGCCUUGGUGGUGUCCACCCAAAUCGCGGACGCCCUCGUGCGACGGAUAAUGGUUGACGCUGGGAGUAGCGCCGAUGUCAUAUUCUGGGAAGCAUUUGAGCAGCUCGGAUUAGACAAAACGCUCAUCCAUCCCAGCAGAGCCCCGUUGACGGCCUUUGAAGGUUCCGAAGUAUGGCCUGUGGGCGAGAUUUCAUUACCAGUGACGACAGGAGGGAAAACUGUGGAGGUCGAUUUCGUCAUUGUCAAAAGGCCAUCGGCCUACAAUGCCAUCCUAGGUAGGGAUUGGCUCCAUAGUAUGGGAGCCGAGGCUUCAACUAGGUGUCAGGUACUCAAGUUUAUUUUCGAUGACGGCCAGCAGGUGAUAUCGGUUCGAGGCGAUCAACUGCUCUCCAAGAAGUUGUAUGCCAUGGAAAUCAAACGCUCUCCACCGCCAAAGAAGGGUGAGGAGGAUCCAUCAGCAUAG